AUGUCUAAAUGACAGUACAAGUGGUCUUGCUUUGGUAUGGGGUCAAGUGAAUCCUCCUUACUCCUUUAGUGACGUAUGUCAGGGGCUUGCCUUUGGGCUCAUUGCCUAUGUAGUACUUGCUUCCAGAACCUGUGAUGGAAUUGAAGGAAAGGGAUUCGGAGUAGGAUUUGACUUUUAUGCAGGCAGGACAUUGAUGAAUAAUGAGGCAGAGGGAAUUCCUGUUUCUGUGUUUACAAUGUCGUUGCAUGUUGCCACGGCAAAAGUGUGUGAUACUACGAGUUCAGCAUUAUCAUAUCUCAGUCAUCUGGAUGGAAGUAAGCAAAUAAGAAACUUGGGACAGCCCUGUGCCCUUCUGGAGAAGUGGCUGCAGUUUCUUGGCAGUACGGAAGUGGAGCAGCCCAAAGGCACAGAAGUUGUAAGAGAUGCUGUUAGAAAAUUAAAGUUUGCAAGACAUAUCAAGAAAUCUGAAGGCCAGAAGACUCCCAAAGUUGAAUUACAAAUCUCAAUCUAUGGUGUAAAAAUUCUAGAUCCAAAAACAAAGGAAGUCCAGCACAACUGUCAACUCCAUAGGAUAUCAUUUUGUGCUGAUGAUAAAACUGACAAGAGAAUAUUUACUUUCAUAUGCAAAGACUCAGAAUCAAAUAAGCAUCUGUGCUAUGUAUUUGACAGUGAAAAGUGUGCGGAAGAGAUAACUUUAACAAUUGGUCAAGCAUUUGACUUAGCUUACAGGAAAUUUCUGGAAUCCGGAGGAAAAGAUGUUGAAACAAGGAAACAAAUUGCAGGUUUACAGAAAAGAAUCCAGGAAUUAGAAACUGAAAACACAGAACUGAAAAAUAAAGUUCAAGAUUUGGAAAACCAGUUAAGAAUAACACAGGUACAUGCAUCUCCG